UACAGGUUAGGGAUAGUCUUGUUUUUAUUUGUUUGAAAUCGGUCAAACUUUUUAUUUUAUUCAUUUCAGCUGCCAAAAUUAUCACUGCAUAGUGUCUCGUAGACUGCAUGAUGACCAGUGGCGUAGAUAGGAGAAUUCACGGGAAGGACGAGAAAUUUAGAUUUUUCGACAAACAUUUUAUAAGAGCUUUUAUUUUUUCAAAAAUUUGGACAUGAAGUCAGGUGAGUCACGUGUCAUAAAUCAUACUACUUGAAGAUUUUUCUUGUCUUUUCCUCUGAAAGAAGCAUUUUCAAGUACUAUACCUUAUUGAAAGAGAUUGCCAAUCUGAUUCAGAACAACAGCAGAAAUCACCACAUUCAGCUUUCAAAUUUUUUCUCUCAAAAUGUGACACAUAGAUAGAAACAGAGAACCAUGUUAAAUGUACGUCAAGAUCAGACGUUUUCCAACAAAACAGCAGUUCAGCAUUACAGGGGGGGGUUUCGCCCCCUCUGACUCCCCUUUAUCUACGCCACUGAUGACUUAAGGAACGUUGAUAUGCCGUGUAAAGAUUCUGUAGGCAUUUCUAGCUGUAAAAAGUGCCUUAAGUUAUGAAGUAAUUUUCAUCCUGUGAAGUAGAAAUCAUAAGAUUCAAUUUCUGGGGGGGGGGGGGUGGCGUGAGUAAAUUCUAGUGUUUUUGGGGACUUCUUCGAAUUUUGUUAAUCAACAUUCUUCUUCAGAAUUUCUUUCAACCUAACUGUUUUUGUUUAAUGCCUUUGCGAUUUGGCUUGGCAUGUUAGGGAUAUGAGACAGCAGAGCACAGAAUGCCAACUCUAGCAUGAUAAUAAAUGAGAUGCGUGGAAUAAUGUUUCUUUUGUAGUUGCCAGUCGUUUCACUUAAAUGUUUAGGAAUUCCACUGGAGCAAAACAAUGUUCGUUGUUUUUAGACUCAAAAUUGAAAUUCAAUUCACAAGUGUUUUGAAUCAACCCCCUAGAUUCAACAGUUACAUGCACUCACGUUCUAACAACUUGAUUGAUUUGACAUGCUCACAUUUAUUACCUAUUGGCAGUAAUUUAGGAACUUUUGCUGAAGUAAUUUAUUCCAAAAGACUGCCUGGAAAACUCACACUCACUCAUCUUGAUAAUUUUGCACCAGAAAACCAUUAACAAAAAUUUAGCAAUAUUUCUCCUGUACAUCUCAACAAUCGCAUGGUAUUUCUCUGUGUGAAAAAAUGGUUUGCAGGUGCAAUAAGAGUGCGGAUGUUGAAUCUUUGUUUGAAUCUGUAUUUGCUUUUUUCUCGCUAAUCAUGUGAACAUACAUAAUUAUACUCAGUUUGCAAAUAUGUUGCGGAUAAGGUGUGUACAAAGUCUGUUUUUGAAGAAAAUACUUUGCGGCAGAGCUAGAAGUCUAAGCAGAUGUUAGCAGAAGGCAUUUGAUGAUUUGUGACAAAAUUUUCAUGAAGAGUAUUUGAAGCGAAGUGUUAUUUAAAAUAUCCUCUCCAAAGCAGCGCAAUCAUGUAAUAAUCAUGAAGUCUUAGCUCAGCAAUAAUGAACUAAAAGUCAAAAGUUAACCGGUAACUUUUCUUUAAUAGAAAUGAUUUUCUCUUUAUUCAAGUCUGUUUUUCUUUUUUUAAUGGAUUUGGCUCUACCAAUGUGAAACGCUUCACAAGUUUCAUCUAGCUUAUAAAAGCAUUUCCUUUUGGUACAUCUAGUUCAUAUGACUUAUUUAAGGCUGAGUUUCUCUGAAGAAUGCCACAUGUGAUACUUCUCGCACGUUUAUGUAAUUUGAGGCUACUAUAUAAGGAUAGGAUUCAGCAUAUACGAAAAGUACCAUUAAGAAAACGCUUCUUGUUGUGUACGAAGAAUCAGUACACUAUAUUUAUAUAGUUAGAGUUAAGAGCUAUAUAAUACAAGAAGGCAACCAAACGCACCAUUCUUAGUCUCAUGUUAUUUUCGAUCAGCACAUGGAUAUGAAUUGAAUUCUGGCUUUUAAACACUACCCGACGAUUUGCCAUCAAGUUAAUAUCAGAUAAAGUAUUUAGAUAAGAGCCCCGACUAGAUUUACCGAGGCCCAGCAUGGGACAGCGAAUUUAUUCUUUUGCAUGCAAAUUUUAACCGAUGAUAUGCUAGAGUUGGCAGCGAUUUGUUUUUUUGAAAGAAUACAGUAUUUUAAAAUUCCCUUAGAAAUAACGAAAGCGUACCCGCUUGAAUUAGUAAUGUGAUGAUAUGCGGCAAAUAAUGUAAAUUUUCAACCGAGUAAAGAUCGUUUUAGGUCUACUCUGGCAUAAUUAGCAAAAUCUUCUAGUUCUUUGCAGAGAUCCAAUGUGUGAUGUAUGAUAAACAAAGGUCUCUUGCAAACAUCAUAACCUACAAUAAAUAUUGCUUCAGUACUCUAUUGAUGAAUUUUGAAACUCAAUUUAAUUACGAACGAGUAUUUGAAUGGUGAUCAAAACACAGCUUUUAUUAGAAACCUUGCUCAGAUGUUUACGUUUGUGCUAAACCUUUGUUUAAUUUUUCAUGCAAUUGUAAACAGUGCAAAAAUCCAGAAAAAUUCAGUUGCGGCCAAGUAAUUUUCAGAUGGUGCCACAUUAGUGGGCUGUAUUCGUAUAUCAAUUCCGUCCAGUUCGUCAACAACCCACCUGCUUAUAAAAAUAUUUACUGAGUUUUAGCAUAACGCUCCGGCUCUGUGUAAAUUUGAUCAAACCUUUUCAAUAAAAAACAGAUCUGUUGUUUUCCAGGGUCAACUUGAAUUGUACCUUAUUUUGAACGAAACAAAAUAUCAUCAAUAGACACUCCUACUUUGACUGAAUUUUGUUGAUUCUGAUCUGAUCAAUUAUCGCUCAGUUCAAAAACAUGGUUUUUAGCACUUUCAUGCAAUAUAUUGCGCAACAAUUCGCUUUUGAUUUCAUUAUACCUCUUUGGUAGAAAGAAACUUCGCAAAAAUGUCUGGAUAUUUGUUUAGAUUGUCUUAUUCUUAAAAUGUUCUUAUUCAUAUUCCUCGUCUACUUUCUUCAUAAGUUUUCCAUAAAACACCCAUUUCUACACACUUCGUUCAGAGCUCCAGGGCGUAUGUUUUACGUUGUUGAUAUCACAGAAACAAAUUGUGCAGCACACGGCCCCAACACUCUGGUUCUAAUAGCAAUUCAAAGAACGCCACCAAUCGCCAAUCUACAAUCCUAACAUUUCUUUUGAAAACAUUGUGUUGUGUCCUCUGCAGCCGCACUGGUUCAGAUUUUUGUAACUGAAUUAGAGAAGAUUCUUUGAUCAUCUCAUUGAUCGUCUUCAGUUUCUAUGUCAACUGUAUUUCUUACUUGAAACUUAUGUUUCGUUUGCGUUGGCUUGCGUUUAAUUUGCAUUCUUAAGAUCUACCAGGUGACGAGUUCAGCGCUUAAUAAACCAAAAGACAUAGAAUCUAACAGGAAUUAUCUGUUUGAGACGUGAGAAGCAAACUCUAGAAAACUCGAAUGUUGAAUCACAAUGUCGAAGGAAGUUGGAAACUGGUAUAAAAAAGGCGUAAAGCCCUCAGAAAAUUAGUAAGGUUUAUGAAUGAGUCGCAAUGUUAACAAUUGUUAUCUUGCUGAAUAAUAUGCUAUUGAUCAUUUUUAUGCGUAAGCUUCAAUGCUCGUGCGAUUGAUUGAGGAGUCACUGGCAAAAAAUUGUCUGUUGUGGGGUUUGAAAUCUUGCGACCCUCGCUGUUUGAGCGAGACAAGUGACAGCGUUAUUUUGUGUUUCCUUAGAUUGUUAAGAUGCACAUAACAUCAUUUUCAAUUGUCUAUUUUCAUAUUCAUGCUAUUGCUUUUUCUGCUGGCAUACACUAGAUGUGCCCUUUGUAACUGGCAGCUCAUGUCUUGCAGCGAAUCAGUAGUCUCUGUAAGAUUUAAAUGGAUUUUUCAUUAUUUAAUUAAUUUACUCUAAGUGACGUUUCGAGAUAUCUUUAUGCUCAACUUUUCCAGGUUUAAAAGUUUUCCAAUGCCACAUCCUGCUUUUACAGAAUUUCAAACGAGCUUAAUGAAUCCCGACUGAAGCCUUAAACAGGGGUUACGCCCUUUUGUAGUGGAUGUUAUAGUGUUUUUGUAUUUUCAUUGUAGACUGGUUAGGUAUGACUUGAUUUCCAUUGAAUGAAUAUAGUGCCUUUGUUCGCAAAAUUAUGCAUCUUGUCAAUAACUUUUUUAUUUUGUUGAUGUUGAUUCUAUCAGUGGGAUCAGGUUGCUUGAAGGUACAGUCGUUUGUGUUCAUAGUACCAUCCCACCAGUCGACAAUGUUUGAUAUCCUGUUUAAUUCUUGUUCAAUAUAUUGUUGGAGUUAAUGUUAAUGUCGAAUGGAGGAACGAAAUACAAACAGGUUUAACUAAAUGAAAGGCGUUUCCAUUUGCAAGGUAACUUUUAAUGGGCUGUAGUAUCCUGUGUUAAGCUGGAAUUAGCCUUCCCAACACGUGAUGCGAGAAUAGUGUUUCAGUAUUAAAUGAGUUGAGAUCAUCGGUGGAAAUUGGCUUUGCCAUUAAGAAUGCUCCUGUUUGUACAGCUGCCUUAACCAUGCGUGCAGUUAUCAAUCUUUGCUAUGUAAAUGAAUUUGGCUUUGCUAACGACUUUAAAAGUUGUAAAUAGCAGAGAAACGGUGAACUCGAAGUGCAAAGAAGCAAUAUCUGCAUUGUUGAACAGUUCACGAAGCGAAGAGGCUGUAUCAUCAUCUUCUGGCCGUGUCAUCAUCUUCUAUUUCGUUCGUUGCUAUUCUGCUGGUGUCAAUUUGACUAUGUUAACAGAUGCUCGCCGACGACCUUACCUGAAAUCAUUUGGAUUUUUCAACGGAAAAGAGAUCAUAUUUUUCAGAUGUUACCGUCAACGUUGCGGAGAUCCUUAUUGCAUAAACCGUAAGGAAGAAAGUGAUUUUGUUGUAGAGGCCCCUAUAAAGAACUUCAAAAUGCAGCAUCAAUGUGAUCAUGAUUGGCCGCCGGAAGCCGUUGGGUACUUUACAGCGACUGCCUCGUUGAUAUUUUGCUUCUUUGCAUUCAUAGGAAAUGGUUUAGUUGGCGUGCUUGUUCUGAUAGACCCAAUGAAGACGCUGCGCACGCCGGUUAAUUACUUCAUACUGAACCUGGCAUUCAGCGACAUGGUAGUUGGUUGUGUUACGCUGCCGAUGAGCAUGUAUUUCCAUUGUGUUGAAGCAAGGCAUCUUAAAAGCGCGAGCAACAGUGUCUUCUUGCAUUUAGCGUUUUUCAUUUCAACUACAGCCUGCUGUUUAAGUCAUAUUGCCUUGAGUGUUGAUCGAUACAUAGCGGUUCGUGUACCCAUGACGUAUCGGCAUAACAUCAGCCUUACGCGCUCUUAUUUUGUUUCCAUUACAAUAUGGAUCGUAUCCGGACUUGUUCCUUUGAUGUACUUUAAACUAGGGUAUGUCACCUAUUUGAUCGUGUUUGCCAACGGAGCCUUGUUGCUUACCUUGAUCGUCCUCACCGCUAUUUAUGUUGCCGUGCAAAGGUCGCUGUAUGUGCACGAAAAGGAAUUGAUAGCCGAUCGUGGCAGCGCACCUUCCGAACGCAGGGUCUCGGUGUCGUUGGAACUACGCCAGAAGCGUGUAACGAGAGUUUUUUUAACUGUCAUCAUGGUUUUCGUGGUAUGUACCACACCAGCAGUUGUAUUUAUAUACUUGAUUUACUUUUGUGCAUCAUGUCCUUGUUUGUCAGUACAUGUACUUAGGGACCUGCAGCUUUUAUUCGUACUCUCCACCUCAGCAAUGAAUCCAUUCAUCUGCACACUUCGACUGCCAACGUUCCGCAUGUCGCUUUGUAAGCUUGCAUCCCGUGUUUCUCAUUUCUGGAGAUUUCUCACCGGUCGUAGGCAAGGUACGGACUCUCCAGAUACGAGCGAUGGCGAAUUGGCGCCGCCACAGUACGCGAGGGCACGACAAAAUGGAAUGACCUGUGCGGUAAUUUACACAGGCGACACGAGACUGAGCGUGCUACGUGAGAAGAGGCCAUCCUCAAAUUCCACAUCGGUCCUGGAACUUCAUGUCUUGUAAAUUUGGGUUAAAAUCUUUGUAUAACAUUUCAUGUAAAGUUUCAUAUCUGUAAAAUCAUCUGAAGUGGGUUUAAACACUUGUUUGUGUUUCUAACUGAUUUACACAAACAGCUAACAAAAUUAAAAAAUUGAAUAAAAGAGUUAAAGUACAGUUUUACCUUAUUUAACUGACUUUCUUUGUAAGAAGACAGAGUGCUCUGUAAGAGCUUGAUUUUGCUUUGAAUGACUACUAAUCUUUUAAUUUUUACUUAUUUGUAAAUAGUUUACAAGUGGGAUAGUUGCUCCCCAUUCACCCGAAUUGUUGACGAGUCUCGAGAAAGAAGAUUAAGUUUGAUUUACAAUUUCUAUAGAGAUCGCGGAGAUCGCCAGUGCACGGUUGAUAGUCCUAUUUAUUUCUUUGCUUGCAUUUUUUACAGAAUAUCUAUUGUAGGGGAUAUAAGAUGAAAUUGAAGAUAAAUUUGUCCUUUUCUAUUUCCUUUUCACUUUAUAUUACCUCGAUGCCUUCGUCCAAAAUAUUGUGCAAAGACAUCUGAAAGCUAAACUCAGCAGUUGAUAAACCCGUCCUAACACGAAGCUAUUUGCUUCUUAAUCACUCGCUCUGUUUUUAUAUUAGAGUUGCAAUCCACUAGAAGUGUGUUAUAUGUAAAUCAAAACCCUUAUCCAACCAACAUUAGAUUUAUCAUUUUUUGAACCUUUCGUUUAUCAUUUGUCAGUUUCCUACACUGUUAAAAAUUCACAUUCCAACUUAUCAGUAAUUUGCUAAACAUGUCAAAUAAACAGUUAAAUUUCUUGAUGAUAGGCACAGCCUGCGCUUAUGUCGGCUGUACAUCGAGCAACUCAAACAUGGAUGCUUCUAAUUGAACCCAAGUGUCGACGAUUUCAGGGGCGUCGUGGCCGGGGGGGAGGCAGGGGGGCCUCUGCUCUCAAAAUUUGAUGGAUUUUUGGAAAAAUCACUAUUUUGCCGGAAAAUUCUCAAACUUGAGCUGUGGGUGAUUCUCAAACUCUUACCAACAUAAAUUACUUGGACUAAAGUACUUGCCGUAAAUUCGAGAGGCAAUUCACUUUUGUAAAAAACAUACUAGAUUUCCACAAAACAAAAUGAUUUCUCAGGAUUUACAGAUUCCUACCAUAGAGUGAUUUGCUGUUCUGAUUUUGUCAGUUAAAAUCCGAAACUUCAAGAGCCAAAAUUUGGUUAUCCGAAACUUUAAGAGCCAAAGUAUGAAGAAACAGAGACAAGAUAAAAGUGCAUUUUAAGUUUCUUCCCAGCUAAGGCAGAAGUUAUGAGUUUUUCUGCCUCACCCCCCUUUACACUUACAUGAAAUGCUUCUAUUUCAAAUAAAUCAAAGAAAUUUUGUCUGAAAGUUUUUCUUUCUGGCCCCCUCUAGAAUUCAUUUGCCACGACGCCCCUGGGGGAUU